AUGGAUGAAACAUGGGUGAAUGCAGGGCACACUGUUUCAAAAGCUUACGUGGACACCACAAUAACUUCAAAACGGCAAGCUUUUAUGGAGGGACUGAGUACGGGUGCAAAGAACCCUACUUCAAAGGGCAGACGACUGAUUGUGGUGCAUAUGGGAAAUGAAAAUGGUUUCAUAGAGGGGGCUGAUGAUGUAUUUGAGUCAAAAAAUACAAGUGAUUACCACGAGUCAAUGGACGCGAACCGCUUUGAGCAGUGGUUUGAGAAUAUUUUACCAAAACUUGGUGAAAAUGCGGUAGUGGUACUGGACAAUGCUCCUUACCACUCAAGACGCCAAGAAAAAACACCCACCACAGCAUGGAGAAAAGCAAGUAUUGAAGAAUGGCUGCGUAAUAAAGAUCUAGGCUAUGAUGAAAAAUACGUAAAGGCAGAACUUUUAAAGAAAGUGAAUGACGUAAAGGCGAACUACCAAAGUUAUGCUGUGGAUGAGCUUGCAAAACAAUUUAAGGUGGAAGUCCUAAGACUGCCACCUUAUCAUUGCGAGCUCAAUCCCAUUGAACUCGUAUGGGCUGACAUAAAGGGACACGUAGCUCGCAAUAAUACUACAUUUAAAUUUGAAGAUAUGAAAAAACUGCUACAAGAGGGGAUCCAACGUGUAUCUGCUGAUAAAUGGCGAAAUUGUGUGGAUCAUGUUAUAAAAGUCGAGGACAAUUUUUAUAGCAAUAUUGACAACAUGAUUGAAUAUACAAUAGAUAGUUUUAUCAUAAACACAGCUGACUCGGACUCUUCCGACGAAUCAUCUUUGUCAAGUACAGAUGACAGCGAUUAA